AUGUUGCUCUACUACAACAAGAGUAGCUUCUGGCUUCUUCUGCAAUUACAUGGGAGUGUCUUCUAUCGGUGCGAUACCAUGAUUGGGAGUUUGUUGAUUGCACUGCUUGGUAUAUUGACUCAGUAUCUCAGGGACAUAGAGUCGGAAUGGGCGCCAUCAGUGCUGCACCACUAUGGCUUCCAGGCUUUAGGUGCUGGUGUGACCUUCGCUAUUGUGUUUAGGACACAGCUUGCUUGGAACAGGUAUUGGGAGGCUGUUACCCAGCUUCACAACAUGUACAGCAAAUGGACGGAUACUUUCGCGCAGUUCCAGGCUUUCGCCGAGAUCUCGCGCUUGGCCGCAGUGAGCAAGGGAGACGGCAAGAAGGUCGAAUGCCUCCAACUGAAGCAGAGAAGGUUGAAGACCAACUUCGCCAUUCUCAGCAUGCUUGCUGCGGAUCGGCUGCAUACUGGGGACAACCAGCUGAUAGAAGAUAUCAGGUCAAAGUGGGCGAAGACACGAGGAGCCAUGCGCAUCCAGAAGGAAAUGAAGCUGUUCGAUAUGCCACAUAUGGUUGAGUGGAAGCACUUCGAUCGCCAUGCUCCCAAUGAAAGUGUGUAUGUGGUAUUCGAGAAACCAUCCCGUGAGCAGCUUGAGCUUUUGGAGCAGUCCUACGACCCAGUGGCGACGGUGAUGUAUUGGAUCAUCUGGGAUCUUGCUGAUGCCAUGAGACACAUUGAUGUUGCUCCUCCCAUUCAGUCCCGAAUGUACCAGGAGCUCUCAAAUGGCAUGCUCGGUUUUAACAACUGUCUCAAGAUCGCCGAUGUGCCCUUCCCUUUGCCCUUUGCCCAGUUGUUGGGCUUGCUGCUGGCUUCCUUCUCUGUCCUCAUUCCAGUGUACGUCGUGGUAUUCACCGGCGGGUUGGUCGGGCCCAUCCUGUGUUUUUUCCUUUAUGCUUGCCUUUGGUGCCUGAACGAGGUGGCCAAAGAGCUAGAAAACCCUUUCGGCGAAGACGUGAAUGAUAUUUACUUAGUGGAUUUUCAUACCAACUUCGUGGAUAUUUUGGAGGAUGUGACCAAGGAGAAGCAGAAGGCCUUGCUUAUCAACCCAACCAUGGGUCUGGACCGUGACAUUGGCGAGAUUGAUGCGGGCAGCGAUUUCUCCACAAACUUGGGUAAUAUGGAGGUUCUUCAGGAAGCGCUGUGA